AUGAUAUCAAGGUUAGAAGGAACGUACUAUUACAACAAAAAAGACCAGGCACAACGCAAUCCAAGCCAGCACAUGUCCAUAAUUAUCGAUGGUAUGGAUCAAGCAAAGACCAAUUUGCCACAUUUUGCUGGGAGGAACCCAAAGAAUCUGCAUGCAGUGGAUCUUCUGCAUACUCAUGUCACUGGAGUGCUAAGUCACGGGCAUGGAGGGUUUCAUGCCUAUGUGGACAUUAAUGAAUAUCCUCAUGAUCCCAACUUGACAAUCAACAUCAUACUUAAAGAGCUACUACGUCAAGCCAAGGCAAAUAACAACUUCCUGCCUCCAAAUUUGUUUAUCCAAGCAGACAACUGUUGGAGGGAAAAUAAGAACCGUUAUGUAUUUGCAUUUCGGAAUUGUUAG